ACAACAACAACAACAACAUUCUCAAAUAAAUGAAAAUCAACAGCAACAACAACAAUCAAAUAAAAAACUUAAUCAACAACAAACAUCAAUCCGUCCAUUAAUGUCACGUGAAAAUCGAUCAACACAAAAUUCCAAUCGUCCAUCAUCGUCAUCACAACAAGGACGAUCUCAACAACAACAAUCACGAAUUAAUUCAAAUUCAGCAACACCAUUAACUGUUACUAUCCCUAAAGUAUCAUCAGCAACAUAUUACAAUCAAACAUCAUCAUCAUCACCACAAUCACCAAAUUCAAAUCUAAAG